UAUAGAUUAGUCUUCAGAGAAAGAGGGAGACUCUCCUAGACUUGCCAGAGCUCAGCCCAUCAUGUCGGGUGCCAAGCUCUGCCUGUUGCUGCUUCUGGGCACGUACACGCAAGCCCAGCAAGAUGUGGGAAGUGUUGAGGAGCAAUCUCCGGUUUGCUCUUUGGCCAAAAGAUAUAGAAACUUCCGACAGUACGUGUACAACUACGAAGCCGAGACCUUCAACAGUGUAAACGGAGCUACAAAUGUUAAGAGUGGCCCCAAGAUCUCCUGCACAGUUGAGGUUGAUGUACCCCACACAUGUAGCUUCGUCAUCCGCACAACAGAGUGCUCCCUGAAUGAGCUCACCGAUCUGAGUGAUGACGGGAAACUUGUGUAUCGUCCUGCUGCGGGAGCUGAAGCUUUCAAAGCUGCAAUGGCCAAGAACCCUUUGAAGGUUUCAGUAGUGGAUGAAGAGAUGGGUGUCAAACUCUACCCUGAGGAAGAUGAGCCCGCCAAUAUCCUGAACAUCAAGAGGGGGAUUGUCUCUGCUCUCAUGGUACCUGAAAUAGAUGAGAUGAAGAUCAAACAAAUGGAAACCAUGCUUGGAUGGUGCCCCAGUGACAUCACAGUCAAUUCCAUGGAGGACAUUGCCACUGAUGUGACCAUCAACAGGGAUCUGUCCAAAUGUGACAUGUUUGCCGCUCGCAGUGAAUACACCAGUCCUCUGGCCCUCAUCUCUGGGAUGACCUACCCACUUUCCAAGAUGAUCAGCAGCACUCAGACCUGUAACUACCAGUUUGACAACCAAAAGCAGCACGUGACCAGCGGAUCCUGCACAGAGAAACACAUCUACCUGCCCUUCUCCUACAAGGAUGAGUAUGGAAUUUCUACAGUGGUGAAACAGACUGUGACUCUGAGAGAAACUACCAAGAUCAAUGACAGAAUCUUUGACUUCGAUGAGGCAAACAGGAGGUACCUGGGCAUGGAUGUCGUUGAAGACAAGUCCAUAGUGCAGAGCAAAGAUGCUGUUAUUACCGCAAUGCAGAAGCUGAACACUCUGUCCCAGACGACCGAGCGUGAGGAGCGUGCCGGGAUCUUCCACAAACUUGUCUCUGAGCUUCGGGGCCUGAAAGCUGACUUGCUGACCUCCAUUACUGAAGAGAUGACAGACAUCUCCACCUCUCUGACAUGGCAAGCUCUGGCUCAGUGUGGCACCCCAGAAUGCACCAGUGCCAUGCUAAGCAUGCUCAGGACCUUCCAGGCUGAUGCUCUUGAGGUUGAUGCCGUUGUAUAUGCUCUGGGGCUGCUGCAUAAACCCUCCCCCCUGAUGGUGAAAGAUUUGUUGUCAAUGGCUCAGUACAAGCAGAGCAAACCCAUCAUGUAUGCCUUGAGUCAUGUAACCAGGAGACUGUACAUCUCUGAAGGACUCAGCACCCCAGAGAUCACUGCUGUCUCCGAGUUUAUGGCUUCCAUUCUGGGUGCAGACUGUUCCGGGGAUAAAGAGCUGACCUUCCUGGCUUUACGUGUUGUUGGUAACAUGGGAGAUGCAAUGGAGGAUGCUAACCCUGCUAUUAAGACCACCCUGCUGAAGUGCAUGAGACAGCCACUAACCACUUUGUCCGUGCAGCUGGCUGCCAUCCAGGCUUUUAGGCGCAUGUCUGUGACUGAUGAGGUCCGCUCCAACCUCCAGAAGGUCAGCCAGUACCCCAAGGGUGCUGUGCAGAAGCGUCUGGCAGCUUAUCUGAUUCUCAUGAAGGACCCCCAGGACAGUGACAUGGACAUGCUGAAGAAGCUGCUCACGCAGGAGCAAAACACACAGAUUAAGGCUUUUGUGUCCUCCCAUAUCUACAACAUCAUCUCCUCAACUAAUUCAGAGACUGCAAGCCUCCGUGAGAGGAUAAUGGCUGCCCUGCAGGACACUGACGUUGCCACCCAUAGUGACUACACAACAAAGUCUCGCAACUACAAGCUAGAUGUGGAAUAUGGGAGAAUGCAAGGCAAUGUCAUUUUUGAUCCCAGCAACCAGUUGCCAAGGGAAGUCUUGCUGGAAACUACUCUGGAAGCUUUUGGCUACAGCAUGGAUAUCUGGGAGGUUGGAAUGGAGGGAAAGGGUCUUGAGCCAACCAUCGAGGCUUUGUUUGGACAGAAUGGUUUCUUCCCUGACACUGUGUCCAAGGCUCUGUACUGGGCUGAAGACAAAAUGCCACCAAAGGUCAGAGAGGUUCUGAAGAAAUGGAUGGCUCCCCUUAAAUCAGAAGGCCAGAAGGUCCCUGAAAAUCUUGUCAGAGAGAUUGCUCGCAACUUCAACAAGCUGGUCAGUGAUCUGCAGAGUCAAGAGACCCCAGAGGCGAUGGCUUACCUGAGAAUCAUGGGAGCUGAGCUUGGCUACAUCAAGGGCAACGAAUUGAAGUCCAUUGCUGAAAAUGCAAUAAUGUAUGGAGAGAUUUUGAUGAAGAUAAUUCCUACCGAGACCAUAAGUAAUCUGAUGUCGCGCACCGACAACGAGAUGUUUGCCCACUACAUCUUCAUGGACAACAAAUUCACCAUGCCGACCUCAUCUGGCUUGCCUCUGACGUUUGCUCUGUCUGGUACAUUUGCUCCCGGGGCAAAAGGAGGCCUUAACAGGGCUCCAAGCAUGAAGGAGCUGGUGUUCAGUCCUUCUGUCGGUGUUGAGUUCAUAACUCAGAUGGGAAUCCACAUGCCAGACUUCACUGUCUCCAGCAUUGAAAUGCAUACCAACUUGUAUCAUGAGAGCGCUCUCAAUGCCAAGAUCACCAUGGAGCAGAACCAAAUCAAGCUCUCCAUCCCUGCUCCAACAGGAACCACUAGAUUUUUCAGAAUCAGCAAUAAAGUCUUUAUUAUGGGUGGUGGUGGACUGGCCGCUAUGAUCCCAGCCCUUGAAGGCGAAACAAACUGCAAUCCUCUGUUCUCUGGAGUCAAAUACUGCCUUAAAAAACUUCAGGGUAGACCACGUGACCAGACUGCUGCUCCUUAUUUCCCCCUGAAUGGAGAAACAAAGUUUGCUAUUGACAUCAAGCCUACUGAAGAAGUGUCCGAGUACACAGCCACACUUGCCUACGAUCUCCUCAGUGAAGGAAGUGAUCAGAAAGUUGAUUCCUUGAAGAUUUCCCUGAGAGCUGAGGGUGCUCAGGCCUCAGAAGCUACAGCCACCAUGAAAUACAAUAGAAACAUGAAUGUCUUCACCACUCAAGUCCAGAUACCCGACUUUGAUGUUGAGAUGGGUGCUAAAAUUGGCAUGGCGGAAAACACUGCAACAGGAAAAUCCAUCAUCUUUGAGCUCUCCAACAAGAACGUGCCCCAGCUCUCUCUGAUUGGCCGUGCCAAGCUUCAGGCCAUGACUGAUGGCAUGCUGGAAGUUCAGCUUUUGGUUCCCGCCCUCAAAACCGAUGCCACUGUCAGCACUACUUUUAGCAAAGCAGAGGGAAUCACCAUGCAGAUCAAAAGUGAUGUCAGUCUUCCGGAGAUCUCCUCUAUUCAGGCAGUCACUUUCAAAUAUGGCAAAGAGCAAGCUGAGGUUCAUCUGAUGUCCAACAUGAACGCUGAUACUAAGAUUCCAGUGCAGUACACUGAAGAUCUCCAGGGAUGGCUCAGGCGGGUUGCAGAAGAUGUCAUGGACCAGCAGGUCAUUAAAACAGAUAUGAAAGUACGACACAUCCUUAACAAAGGAAUUGAGGCCAGCAUCAACUGGAUUGACAAGAUCUCAACUGAUGUUCCUCAAAUUCAAAAUCUGAGAGAGAGCAUUGCAAGAAUGGAAAUGCCAACAGUACCUGAAAACCUGUUCAUGAAUCUUGAAAGCACAUUCACAUACCAGUUCAACCAAAACCACCUUACAGUGAGUGUUCCUCUGCCUCUUGGAGGAAAAUCAUCUGAGGAGCUAAGGAUACCUGCUGUUGUCACCUCCCCACAAAUUUCCUUGCCUCAGUUGGGCUUUGAGCUUGCCCCACGCGAGAUCCCAAUCCCAGCUUUUACCAUCCCCUCUGAAUAUGAUGUCACUCUGCCCCUGAUGGGAAUGAUGGAAGUGUCUGCCAAGGUCAACAGCAACUAUUAUCUCUGGGAGGGAAAGAUUAUUGCCGGCAACAACACUGCAGAGUCUCCUAACUACGUGGCAAAGAUCCAAAUCACAGCUGACAGUCCAAUCAAACUUCUCUCCUUCUCAGCUGAUGGAGCCACCAAAAUCACUGACACCGCAGAGAAAACUAUUGAAGUAACACUGGAUGGAUCCCUGAAACACAUGCUCAUGAAUACAGGUUUUACUGUGCUGGAAAGCUUUGCUGUCACAGAUAAUUUGCUGACAACAGGUCGGUACCACAUGUAUGCUAAUGCACCUGUGGGUCUAGAAACAUCCAUGACCAUUACCACCCAGGGCUCCCUGGACUCCAACAAGCUCAUUGGAGACAUUAACUCAGAUGGAACUGUAACUAUUGGUCCCAUGGUCGCCACCACCACCUACCUCCACAAGUUCUCAGUUGAGCCGGCCAAGAAAGAAGCAAAAAUGGAGAGUGCACUGAGUGUGAUCUCUGACAUGCUCCGACUUUCAAACAAGAUUAAGACAUCAUAUGAAAAUCAGGAAUAUCUAUUUGAGUUUGACACCAACAUGGACAGUGAGCCCAUCAAACACUCCACCAAAACAAAUCUUGGCUACAAGGAUGUGAAGCUCACCAUCCAGUCUGUUUCUACGACCAAAGCUGAUAAGAAGAUGCUUCGUAGCCAUAUAGAGUUGUCUGCCUCUCAAGAACAAGCCAGCCUUAGGAUAGAAAACCAAGCUGAUGAUACACAGAACCGUGCCUACUCUUUGCUUACUGGAGCCAUGAACCCAUCUGGCUUGGAAAUCAAUGCUGAUGCCUCCAUAAACAUCUUCUCAAGCCUUGCUUCCCACAAAGCAACCUUGGCACUGAACACAAAUGGCCUCACCACCAGUUGUACAACGACAGCCCAGCACAGCCCGGUGACAUUCGAGAAUAUUUUCCACGGUGGAGUCGAGAGGUCUGGUGCCACCUUGUCUCUUACAACAAAGGGAGCGAUUCAAGACAAAAAAGCGGAACUCAAUGUUGAGGGAAAGCUGGCAAGCACAGAGGUCUAUCUCAACAGCAUGUUUAAGGGAAAUGUCUUUGACCUCAACACCAGAAACAGAGUUAACCUCAGACUGAAUGAAGAUGGCUUGAUCAUCUCUAACAACUUGGUUGGAUCUUUCAGUGAAAUGAGGACCGAAAAUACCAAUUCACUGUCUCUUACUCUAAAAUCAUUUACCCUCCACACCAAGACAGACAACUUCCUUGACGCGAGCAACUCUUACAUGCAUGACAUCACAGUCAACGCGGAACGUCUCACUGCCUCAGUUGUUGUGAAAAAUGACCUGAAAGUGUUGGCAGUUAACUUUGUGAAUGAUGCUCUGUUCAAGAUAGAACCCUACAACAUGGAGCUGGCUGGAACCCUGAUGGGAACCUUCUCAGAGGAAGAGCUCAAGCACACUUAUGAAAUCAAGUUUGUUGACAUGAUCUUGUCUGCAAAGUGCAACGCCAAUGGAAAACUGCUGGGAUCCCACUUGACACGUGCCUCUGACCUAGAGGUUGCUGGACUCUCUGUGAAGUUCAACGAUGCGGUAACCUUUAACUCACCAUCCCUUCGUCUGGACAACACUAUCAAAUUUUCUGCAGAACCCUUCAAUCUGAACAUUGAUGCCAUUUUCAAUUCCAAUGGUGGAGUGUAUCUGUAUGGCAGGCAGAGUGGUGAACUAUACAGCAAAUUCCUCCUGAAAGCUGAACCCACAUUGUUUACACAGUCAUUUGAGUACAGAGGUUCAACCAGCCAUGAAAUGGAAGGCAGACCAACCAUCAAAACCAACAUGGACAACAAGUUCAACAGCAUGCUGAGCCUCCAAGAGCAAAGUGUCACACUAAAGAUGAUAUCCACAGUAAAUGACCACACUUUUGACCAAGAUGUGAGUGCCUAUAACAAUGCACAGAAGAUGGGUAUUGAAAUGAGAGGGGCAGUCUCAACUCCUCUCCUCGGUGAGACCAGCCAAGAUUACGCCAUCUCUGGAUUUGUGAAAUAUGAUAAAAACAGUGAGAGCCAAUACAUCCAGAUCCCGUUCAUUGAGCAUCUCCCUGCAGUCAUUGAAAAUGUGAAGACCACAAUGAUCAACCUGAUGGACCAGGGAAUCGAGAUGAUGACAGACAUCAACACCAGGUAUCAGAUCAGUACAACAUUCCAAAGCAAAGUUGCAGAACUGAAAGAGGUCAUUGACAAUUUUGACUACAAUCUUUUUGUCCAAGACCUGAGAAGAUUCAUCGGCUAUGUGGAGAAUUUCAUUGCCGACCUGACAGCCAGGUUCCCAUCUGACAAAGUCAUUAAUGUGCUGAAAUCUAUCAAAGAAAAUGUCCAGGCCACAAUUAAGACAUAUAACAUUCCAAACAGGUUCAGGGCAGUUUAUACCAAAGUAGAAGAGUUUCUCUCCAACUAUGAAAUUGAAAAAAUGAUUGGAGCCUUCAUGGAUGAGGUUGUUAAAAUGAUGAAGCAGUAUCAGGUCAGAGAGAAGAUUCAGCAUGUGUUUGACACUCUUCAGUCAAUCGACAUCCAGCCUCUGCUGACAAAAAUGAUGGUCCCUAUUCAAGACCUUGUGAAUGAGCUGUAUGCCUUCGACUUCAAACAGCUGAUCGAUGACAUGAGCAACUAUGUCAUGAGAAUGAUCCAGAACAUCAGAUCUUUUGAUUACGAGACCUUCGCUUUGGCGCUAAAAGAAAACGUGGCAGAGAUGACUAAGAUCCCAUGCUUUGGAAAAGUUUACGGUGAGUUCAAAGUUACCUCACCUCAUUACAGACUCACGACCACUGCUGACCUGGAGAACACCACAACUACAUCAGUCACACCAGAGUUCAAAAUUAACCUAAAUUCACAGGCUGAGUCUACUUUGAAAAUCCUUGACUUCACCCUGGAUGCCACUGCACAUUUUGCUAUUCCUGAGAUGAGCCAUUUGUCCAUCUUUGAGAGCAUCAAGGCUGAUCAGUCAUCUUUUACACUUGACCACGAAGCGAGAAUGAAUCUUUAUGGGCUAACAGCUCAAGCUUCUGCUGAAACUACUGCAAAAGCCAAAACAGAGCUUUACACUGCAGAGUUUGUCAAUAGUGCCUCCUUUGGCUUGGAAAAUGGGAUUUCUGGCAAAAUGAAGACUGACUACAAACAUGACCUCAACAUGCCAGCCCUGAAACUUAUCAGUGAAGCAGUAAUAAGUCAAAAGACUUUCUUCGGACUUGAAGAUGCCACCAUCCGUUUGACCUUUAACAACAUGGCCAAUGACAAAUAUACAAUUCGGGACUUUAAAGAUGAGGCAACCCACAAGAGUCACAUGGAAGUGGUCAUGGAUCUCCACACAACCAAAAUUACCUUCACUGGUGAAACAGGCAGCAACCACCUAAAGAUGAAUCAAAAUGUCAUCGCUGAUAUUUGCAUUUUCCGCCAUGUCAUUAUUGAGGCCAAGGCUGAGACUGAAACACCGUUCAUGAAGAGUAGUGUUGCAGAGUUCAAGUUUCACGCUAAAGCUGAGGAUAUGAAAAUUGAUUUCACUGCCUCUCAUAAUGCAGAGCUGGCUGGUCCAAUUGAAGGAACUCUCUCAAGCUCUGCUCUCACCCUGAUCACACCUUCAGAGCUCACCUUUGAUACAAAGAAUAAGGGAAAUGCCAAAGUUCGUCUUCCCUUCAGGCUGAGAGGAAAAAUAGAUCUCCAGAAUGAUGUCGCCUUUACCCUGAACUCUGACGUGCAACAAACAAGCUGGACAGGUCUGGCGAGAUUCAAUCAGUACAAAUACUCCCAUUACUUCUCCAUGGACAAUGGUGAUCAAGAAAUAAUUAUAGAUUCCCAAAUCAAGGGAGAAGCAGAUCUAGAUGUGCUGAAGGAACGUAUCACCAUUCCUGCAAUAACUCUGCCAUUUGUUGGUAUGAAAACACCUAGAGUGGAAGACUACUCACUGUGGGAAGACACUGGCCUUAGCUACCUCCUGAUCACAACUCAGCAGACAUUUGACAUGAACUCCAAGCUGAAGUACAUUAAGAACGCUGAUAUCAUCGCCAUUGAAAUUGAUGUGGAGCCAUUGAUUGAUGCCAUUAAUACCAACAUGAAAGCACUGCACAACACAGCACUCAUCGGCAAAGAUAAGGCUGCUGUCAUCCUUGCUUCGUCUUAUGGCAGAGCAAAGGCACAGUAUGAGAAAUACAGCAGUGAGUUACCUAAGACUGUCACAGUCCCUGCCUAUAGAGUUCCAGUGAUGAAUGUUGAAAUGUCAUCAUUUACUAUUCCCCUCCCUGAUGCCACUCUUAUCACAAUGCCUGCCUUGGAUGUUCCAGAUGUGCUCAACCAGCUGACAAUUCCAAAAAUCACUCUCCCCAAAUUCCAGAGCAUCAAGAUUCCAGCAAUGGGUGAUUUGAUUUAUGAGUUUCAAGUGAAAACUGCAGUAAUCCUGCUAAAAACUGAUGCUAGCAUGCUCAACAAAGAUGGCCUCAAGAUCAAACUCGAUGCCUCCUCAACCUCUGAGUUUAGAAUUCUGAAUGGAGAAAUUAAGGGCCACACCAAUGUGAAUACAGUCGGUGGAUUGGAAAUGGUCUCUGCCCUAUCUGUCAUACAUUCCGUGCUUGAGGGAAACCAUGAGAGCACCAUCACCUUAAGCUCUCAAAAGGUUGAUGCCUUCGCAGCCAAUUCAGCAAAGGUCAAUCUACCUUCUCAGUCUAUGGAAAUCUACCAAGUGAUUUCUAGAAAUCCCACGGAAGGCUUUCUCAUCUCCAUGUCCACUCCAUCUACGGGACUGAUGGGUCUUCAAAUUCAAACCAAGUCUCCAGCACAAGUGAGAGCAAGAGUCUAUGGUCGUUACCCGACUGAACCAACAACAGACACUGAUAUCCUUGGUCUCCGGAUGUCUGUGAUUGACUCUGAAAAGCUGAACAUUCAGACGACCUGGAAUAUGGAGAUGCCAUAUGAGAUGCUGCUGGGGCUGAAGAAACAAGUGCCUACAGCCACGAAGAUUGUGUCUUAUUCUGCCCGGCAGGCAUCCAGAAACAUCGGCAAGGUUCUUACAGUCCUUAGAGAUGCAUUUCUAAAGGCUAGUAAGCAGGGUGAAGUGGUAUUUAACAGGGCUGUUGAAAACCUAGCUGCAUUAAAUCGUCCUGAUGUUUUAGCAGCUGUCACAGACAAGACCAGUUUGAUUCUGAAUGAGUACAAAAGGAAAGUUCAACAUGUUCUUGAUGCUGUUGUUAAAUUCCUGAGAGAGACCAAAUUCCAGGUUCCUGGCUAUGAAGAGAAACUAUCUGGCCUGGAGAUCUACCAGAAAUGUAGUGCUUUUGUUGCUGAUGUGUCUGAAGAGGCUGUUCAAAAGUUGCCAGAGUAUUUUGCCUCCGUCUUUGCAAAUGUCUUUGAUCGCUUGCAAGACCUUAAGUUCAGACUUCCUGGAUCUGACCGCAUUGUGACUAGCAAAGAAUUUCUUAAUGAUUUGUCGGUAGCUUUGAGGAAAAUCCAGGAACAGGUGAUCCUGACUGUGAGGAAACUCGGAGACAUUCAGCUAGAAGAUAUCUUUAUGAAAUUCUCAGCACUCAUGCAGUUUACAGUUGAACAAUGUGAGAAGGUCCUUGAAAUUGUAAAAUCUCAGAACAUAGAAAGGCUCUCCACCUUUGUGAUUGAUGCCUACAAUGAUGCCAAGAACUCUCGCGUCCUGGCCAGUGUUGUAGAGCAGUGUCUAGAGGUCCACAGAAUUGUUAUGGAAUAUCUCACAGUUGUGGCCAACAAAAUCUACAGUAUUGCAGAUGAAAUGUCAACUGAACAGCUUAAAGCUGACAUCCAGUCCCGGAUUGAUUCAUCUGUAAAAAGCAUUAACACCUUCCAAAACAAUGUCAUUAGAACACUCCAGGAGAAAAGCAAGGAUGUUGAACCAUACGUGAGGGUUGGAGACAGGCAGAUAGAUGUUGAAAUUCCAUUACCAAGUGUUGACAGAUUCAUGGAAAAUUCCGACUGGGAACUGGGAAAUCCCCACUUCCGAGGACAAAUGGAACGCGGCAACAGUCCUCCGGGACCAAAAAAGGUGGAAGAAUCACAUCAAAACACAGCACUUGAGGCAGCCCCCCGAAGAUGUGGUUCGUUUCUGCAGAGCUGCCCGCGUUGCAGUCUCGAAAACCUCCCAGAUCCCCUCCUUGGUUUUGGCUGAGCACUCCAGGUAGUCGUAUGCGCCGAUGCGCGCCGCCAUGGCGCGGCCGUCCUCCGCCCGCACCGGCUCCAGCUUCAGCCGGGACAGCUCGCUCUUCACAUGCUCGUCGUUGCGCAGGUCCUUCUUAUUGGCCACUAAUAUGAUGGGCACGUUGGGGCAGAAGUGCUUGACCUCGGGCACCCACUUUUCGGGGAUGUUUUCCAGCGAGUCCGGGCUGUCCACGGAGAAGCACAUGAGGAUGACGUCCGUGUCCGGGUAGGAGAGCGGGCGCAGCCGGUCGUAGUCCUCCUGCCCGGCCGUGUCCCACAGAGCCAGCUGCACUUGCUUGUUUUCCACUUCUAUGUCCGCCACGUACGUCUCGAACACAGUCGGGACGUACACCUCGGGAAACUCGUCUUUGCUGAAUACGAUGAGGAGGCAGGUUUUCCCACAUGCGCCGUCGCCCACCACCACCAGCUUCUUCCUAAUGUCAGCCAUCCUCGGCUCCCGAUGGCUCCCUAUCAAUCCCGGUCGAUCCUCGCAGCCUCCAAAAAAAAACACAGACGUGGCUCGUUUGCUGCCCUCCCUUGCUGCUUUAUAACUCUUUCUCACACAGGCACAGCCCUCUCCCGCAGGAAGCUCCCGGCCCUAAACUUCACAACCUUUACCAGUAACAACGGCGAUCUUUAUAAAGCGCAGGGUGGUUUCCUAAAUAUAGCAAUCCAAUCGGAAAUAGGGAGUUCCCGCUGGCUGCAGGGAGGGGGCACCAUCGCAGGAAAACUCCCAGCUCUGCCCAGCCAGCCUCGCUAAAUCACCGUUUCUCCAAGGAAACAAAACAUAUAGAAGAGGAUUGACGGCGUGCGGCGAGCACAGACCCUCUCUCGACACGACAAGGCGCUUUCCCGUGGAAUGAGCGUUCCAUGCAGCAUCCUAGGUAUGAAUGACGUGGCCUGGCAGGAGACAAGAGGCGGGAUGCUGCAUGCAAAUGGUGCUCCAGAGUCUGGGGGUGUCCGAGUUCAUGCUGGAGUGCCCCUAGCCACAGUUGUGGGGGGUGGGCCGGUUCCCGGAGGACCACAUUUACAGGGCAUGGACAGGAGUUCUAACCCCACACCGGGUACGCCACAGCCUCCACUUAGUGGAAGAUCUCAGGAUGAUGCCACAGUUGGGUACUUCUUUCAGAGACAGCCUGGAGAGCAACUUGUAGGUUGCACACCCAGUAAGCAUCGCUGGCCUACUGGAGAUGCCAAUCAUGUUGAUCAGGUAGGAGCUGUUGAUGGAAUGAAUUAUGACUUUCAAGCUCUUGCGCUGGAGUCAAGGGGAAUGGGAGAGCUAUUGCCUGCUAAAAAGCUCUGGGAUUCUGAUGAGCUGGCGAAGGAUGGAAGGAAAGGGAUGCUUCUUGGAGAGGAGUGGAGGGGCAAUGCAUGGGGAUCAUCUCAUCAUUCAGUGUCUCAGCCAAUCAUGGUACAGCGGCGGCCAGGCCAGGGUUUCCAUGGAAACGGUGAUGCCAAUUCUGUACUUUCCCCUCGCUCAGAAGGUGGAGGCUUGGGGGUCAGCAUGGUGGAAUAUGUCCUAAGCUCCUCUCCUGGUGACAAGAUGGAAAGUCGUUACAGGAACGGUGGCUUUGGUGGAGGCGAUGUUGACCAAGAUGGGAGAGAGAAAGGUGACCCACAAGAGAAGGUGUCACCUUUUGAAGAAGACAAAAGCCCAGAGAUGAAGGUUGGAGAAGACUGUGAUCCUGCUAAGGCCAAUGGAAGAGUUCUCUUGAAUGGCAUGGAUAGAGACUGCAAAGACUUCAAUCCAACCCCAGGAAGCCGUCAGGCCUCCCCCACUGAGGCUGUGGAGAGGAUGGGUCCCAGUCAAACAGGUCUGGAGAUGAUGGGACAGCACCACGCCCAUGUCCUUCAACAACAGAACAUUGCCCACACAAACAAAAUGCCAGGUGACGAAUUCCAGAACCAAGAAGCCCAGAAUAUGGGUGGUAUGGAGCAACAGGCCAGUGUGGAGUCGUUACAGUUUGACUAUGCUGGAAACCAGAUCCAGGUGGACCCCUCAGGAACUCCAGUAGGAUUGUUUGAUUACAGCUCUCAGCAGCAGUUGUUCCAGAGAUCAAAUCUGACUGUUCAACAGCUCACUGCAGCUCAGCAACAGCAAUAUGCCCUGGCUGCAGCUCAACAGCAGCAUCUUGCUGGCCUUGCUCCUGCAUUUGUGCCAAAUCCUUACAUCAUUAAUGCUGCCCCACCUGGAACUGAUCCCUACACUGCCGCUGGGCUGGCAGCAGCAGCCACACUCGCAGGCCCCACUGUCGUUCCACCACAGUACUAUGGCGUUCCGUGGGGUGUGUACCCAGCCAAUCUUUUCCAACAACAGGCCCAAUCUAAUGCCAAUCACUCAGCUAAUCAGCAAGCAUCCAAUCAGGGCCCAGGGCCAGGCCAGCCUCAGGUGAUGCGCACAGGAAACAACCAACGGCCUCUUACACCUGGGCAAGGCCAACAGAGUCAGCAGGAAUCUUUAGCUGCCGCAAACCCUGCCCUGGCUUAUGCAGGAAUGUCUGGUUACCAGGUGUUGGCCCCUGCUGCCUAUUAUGACCAGACGGGAGCCCUGGUGAUGGGUCCUGGUGCCCGUACUGGUCUAGGUGGACCCGUUCGUCUUGUCCAGACCCCCCUCCUCAUUAACCCUGCCGCAGCACAGGCUGCAGCAGCUGUGUCUGCAUCUGGCUCUGGUAAUAACAUGUCUGGCCCACCAGCCAACGGGUUGUACCGCUCCAUGCCGCAACCCCAGCCUCAGCAACAGCAGCAGCAGGCUCCCCCACAAAACAGUGGCUUGCCGUCAAGCUCAUUCUACGGAUCCGGAUCAGUCCCCAACACCUCCCAGAGCAGCUCCCUUUUCUCACACAACUCUGCCGCUCCACCCAGUUCCUCCCUGGGCUUCAGCAGCACGGGUGGCUCUCUUGGUGUGGGCCUGGGCUCUGCUCUUGGGGGCUUUGGCUCUUCAGUAUCCAGCUCUACUAGUAGCAGUGUAUCUCGCAGAGACUCUCUACUGGCAAGUUCUGACCUGUACAAACGAGGUGGUAGCAGUUUAACCCCCAUUGGCCAGCCAUUUUAUAAUAGCCUGGGUUAUUCGUCUUCACCCAGCCCCAUUGGGCUGACACCGGGCCACUCCCCACUCACCCCUCCACCUUCUCUGCCCUCUUCUCAUGGAUCAUCCUCCAGCCUUCACAUAGGCGGCCUGACAAAUGGCAGCGGGCGUUACAUUUCUGCCGCUCCUGGAGCUGAAGCAAAAUACCGCAAUACCGGCGGCACAUCGAGUCUGUUCAAUUCAAGCAGCCAGCUGUUCCCUCCCGCACGGCCUCGCUAUAGUCGCUCUGAUGUCAUGCCUUCUGGACGCAGCCGUUUACUGGAGGACUUUAGAAACAACCGCUUCCCAAACCUCCAGCUCCGUGACCUGCCAGGACACAUGGUGGAGUUCUCCCAGGACCAGCAUGGAUCCAGAUUUAUUCAGCAGAAACUAGAGAGGGCCACUCCUGCUGAGAGGCAGAUGGUGUUUGGAGAGAUUCUGCAAGCAGCAUAUCAACUGAUGACUGAUGUAUUUGGGAAUUACGUCAUUCAGAAGUUCUUUGAGUUUGGAAGCGCCGACCAGAAGCUGGCUUUAGCGACACGCAUUCGCGGACAUGUCCUCCCCCUGGCUUUGCAGAUGUACGGUUGCAGGGUCAUUCAAAAAGCCUUGGAAUCCAUCUCUUCGGACCAGCAGGUAAUUUGUGACAUUGUACGCGAGUUGGACGGUCAUGUGUUGAAGUGUGUGAAGGACCAGAAUGGGAACCAUGUGGUGCAGAAAUGCAUUGAGUGUGUCCAGCCUCAAGCCCUGCAGUUCAUUAUUGAUGCCUUCCAGGGACAGGUGUUUGUGCUUUCCACACACCCCUAUGGCUGCAGAGUCAUCCAGAGGAUUUUGGAGCACUGCACUCAGGAACAAACUCUGCCGAUCCUGGAAGAGCUGCAUCAGCACUCUGAACAGCUGGGCCAGAAAUAUCAAGGCGUAUCAUUGGAGAUGACACCCAAAACAUAUUAUACAGUGUCCCGUGAUGCACUGUUCAAGGAUCAGUAUGGUAACUACGUCAUCCAGCAUGUUUUGGAGCACGGCAGACCAGAGGAUAAGAGCAAGAUUGUGGCAGAGGUUCGCGGAAAGGUCCUUGUUCUGAGCCAGCAUAAGUUUGCAAGUAAUGUCGUGGAGAAGUGUGUGAUCCACUCCUCGCGUGCAGAGAGAGCUCUGCUGAUAGACGAAGUGUGCUGCCAGAAAGACGGGCCCCACAGCGCCUUGUACACCAUGAUGAAGGACCAGUACGCCAACUAUGUUGUCCAAAGAAUGAUUGACAUGGCAGAACCUGCCCAGCGUAAAAUCAUCAUGCACAAGAUCAGGCCUCACAUUGCCACUCUGCGAAAAUACACGUACGGGAAGCACAUUUUGGCCAAGCUAGAAAAGUACUACAUGAAGAGCGGCUCUGAACUGGGUCCCAUUGGCGGCCCCACAAACGGCCUUAUGUAGUCACGCUGACAUCCUGGAUCCCCUGAAGAAGUGGACAAGUAGGAACCCCAAACCCCUUGUUUUGUGAGAGAUGCUCCUUUAGCCAUAAGGGAAAGCCUCUGUCAUCACUGUUUUGUCGGGGGGAGGGAGGGGGUCCUUUUACCAAAAAAAAAAAAAAAAUGACAAGUCAACUUCACCUAAGAACGCUGUGACAACUGACCCCUGCCACUCUGCCACCCUUGGGGCAGAUCCCCAAAAUGGCCCCCAAGGGAUGCAGUGAGCAGGCUGUUGGUUUUGUUUUUUCCCCUGGGUAAAGCACAAGCUCAUUGUCAAUGAUGUAACUGAUGUAUUUGACUGGUUUUCAUAUUAUCUUGUACAUUUAGUUUUUUACCUUGUACAUUCUCUGUAGAGAAAAAAAAAACACAAUUAUUACACAUUUGCUGAAAUCCACAAUUCUUACAAUUAACACCAGCAAGUGACUUUAUAGAGCUGAACUGAGUGAUCCUUUUAAAACGCAGUUCCAUUUGUUUUUCUAACCAGACGCGUGUCAGCUCUUCUAAUUAAAGCUAGGCAAUUGAAUCUUACAAUUGUAUAUUAUCCCAUGCAAAGUAGAAGUGUUUUCCAUGCCAAAGCAGCUGAUGGAUUAGUUUUCAAAUAGAAUUACAUCGUACAGAUGGGUAUGAAAACCCUCCUGCCCGCAGGCAAGUACUACUUUGUGCCACUUUCAGCCAGCGUUUUUUCCGCAAGCUUGGUUUCGGGGGAUUGGUGCUUUCAUCUAGGUUGGCGCUCCAGUUGCGGCUUUUUCUUGCCUCCUUUUCCAGACUUGGUUGGGUACUUGUGUUUACUCCAGCAGCUCUGUCUGCCUCAUGUUUCGGUACUAUCACAGACUGGCAAACCCGAGCUGCUCUAUUCACUGAGCCCCAUUUCUAGCCAUUCUACUUUUCCUCAUCCAAGUUAUCACUCGAGGGGGUUUUGCAAGAAUGAGAAAAAGGCUACCAUUAACUUAACAGAAGCAGAGCAUGUGUUUUGGUUGUACAGCGGGUGCGUAACCUGAUUUAAUCUUAAUAUAAAAUGACCAUAGUAGGGGGGGCUUUUUG